GCUCUGUAGUUGGAUAGUCAGCGAGUGCUGGGCGAGUUCCGCUUAUGUCAUCACCCAUCAAGCCUCGGCUUGACCUCCGAUGCCCAUCUUCUCCUCUCUUGCGAAGCUCGCCAAUCGCGUCCAGUGACUUCCAGGGAUGCGCAGCGAACUAUCCGUCAUGUCAUACCCGGCGGGGAAGCUGUUGUACUCUUCCACUGCCAUAAAUUGCUAACCUACAGCACUGACCAUGUCUACAGCUCGCCUUCUUCCUUCGUCACUUGUGCGGGUCGCAGGGCCAUUCACACGACGCCCCCAAUGGCUCCACCCACGUAUUAUUCGGGCGCUCACAACGUCGUCGAAGGACCUGCAUGCGUCCGUUGCGGCAGGUACGCGAGUCGAUCAUGCUGAAAGCAAUGACAACCAGACCGUAGCAGCUAUGGGCCGGACCAAGUCGGGCAAGGCCCUCAAAGUCCGCAAAUACCCAGCCUUUGAACGCCUCGAAGACGAACGCCUCUACCGUAAACAGCAUCUCGCGGCUGCCUAUCGCAUCUUUGCCUCGCGCGGGUUCGACGAAGGUGUCGCCGGCCAUAUCAGCGUGCGCGACCCAAUACUCACCGACCAUUUUUGGCUCAACCCAUUGUCGGCACAUUUCUCCCUGAUACGUGUGUCGGAUCUGAUACUUGUGAAUGAGGAAGGCGAGGUGGUGCACGGUGACCAGCCCAUCAAUGCGGCGGCUUUUGCCAUUCACAGCGCCAUACACAAGCGACGGCCAGACGUACAUGCAGCGUGUCAUGCGCAUAGCGUACAUGGCAAGGCCUUUAGCGCCUUUGGUAGGGAACUGGACAUGAUCACUCAGGAUAGCAUCCGCUUUUACAAGAGCCACGGCGUAUACAACCAGUUCGGCGGAGUCGUGCUGGCCAGCGAAGAGGGCGAGAGGAUUGCGGAUGCCUUAGGCGACGGCAAAGCAGCUAUUCUCCAAAACCACGGCAUUCUCACCGUGGGCAAGUCCGUCGACGAAGCAGCCUUCUGGUUCCUCUCCCUCGACAAGACGUGUCAAGCACAACUCCUCGUAGACGCAGCGGCCGCUGGAAGUGGACACAAGCCCAAGAUCAUACCGGACAGCGAGGCUGCCGAGACAUACAAACAGGUUGGGACGCCUGAGAAGGGAUGGCUGGCAUUCCAGAGCUACUACGACGAAGUACUUGCCAAGACUGGAGGCAAUUUUCUGGACUGAUUCAAAUACCCUAUUGCUCACCGAGGCCAAAAUAGCCAAAAUGAAUUGCGAGACCUGAGGCAAUUGGUGGAGGCCCGGGUUGGCGCACGCGACGCGUUCAAUUUAGUCUCAAUAAGGCAAGCGUCAGUCGCGUCGACGAAAGUCGGCCUGUCUUCCGUUCGACAGUCAUCUCAUCCUAAUCAGCACUAUUGUCACGCUGCAUGUACACUCACCUCUUCGUAGCUAUGGCCGCUUGAUAUCUGUACGCAUACUCACUGACCCCCUGACAUGUUCGGCGAUCCUUGGGGCCGUGUAGAUUUGAAACCAUGAACACUACACACCAGCAGCGCACAUUGCACUAUCCACCAUUCCCACUAUUGAACGUCGAUUUCGGCAUCAGCGAGGUUUAGCCGAGAGAUCUGAAUACAAAGAAUAUGUUGUCG